UCCUGCAGACACUGCAGCCCGCUUGCGCUGACAGAGCAGCACACCUCCAGUAGUGAGUGAGGGAACGGAGCGCAUCCAGAGUGCGCAUUAACAGACCUAUGGAAUAUUUAUCACAGGCUUUGUUCUGAAGAACAGCCCGGGAGAGUGGACAGGAGGGAGAGGAGAACACUUUUUUUUGCGUUUUGUUUGAACUCCAAAGUUGGAGUCAGUGAGGACACUUUGCUGAAUUUCAGAACAUCAAGAUGGGAGAAACAGGGUGGAAAGGGCGGCUGGUGUUUUUGUGCGUCUCCGUCCUGUUUUUUGCAGCUUUCACGCAAAGCAGAACGGUGAAAUAUCAGACAUUUGAGGAGGACGCACCGGGGACAGUGAUUGGAAACUUAGCUAAGGACGUUUAUCCUACUUCUCCUUCAUCAGGAGGCUCCAGGAACAGUUUCAGGAUGAUGAAACAGUUCAACUCCUCUUUCAUCCGUCUCAGGGAGAGCGACGGACAGCUGACGAUAGGGGAGAGGAUAGACAGGGAGCGGAUCUGCAAACACACCCAGCUCUGUCUCAUCGCCUUCGACGUGGUCAGCUUCUCCAAAGAGCAGUUCAAACUCAUCCACGUAGAGGUGGAGGUCAAGGACAUCAACGAUAACUCCCCGGAGUUCCCCCGAAAAGAGUCGAGUCUGGAGAUCUCUGAGAACACGGCGGUGGGCACCCGGAUCCCACUGGACUUCGCCGUGGAUGAAGACGUCGGGGUGAACUACAUCCAGAGCUACCAGAUCUCUGUGAACAGCCACUUUUCCAUCGAUGUGCUCAGCAGGGCCGACGGGGUUAAAUAUGCAGAGCUGGUGCUUCUGAAGGAGCUGGACCGGGAGAAUCAAGCCUCUUACGCGCUGGAGCUGGUCGCUAUGGACGGAGGGAAUCCAUCCCGCAGCGGGACGACGCGCAUAAAUGUCAAGGUGAAAGACUACAACGACAACAGCCCGGUGUUUGACAGGAGCAGCUUCUCGGUGGACCUGCCCGAGGACGCGCCGGUGGGCUCCCUCCUGCUGGACCUGAACGCCGAGGACCCAGACGAAGGGCUGAACGGUGAGGUGGUGUACGGGUUUGGAAACCAGGUGCCACCUGAGAUACGGCAACUUUUCAGGGUGGACAGGAAAACGGGUCGAUUAACUCUGGAGAGCCCGGUUGACUUUGAGAGCAAGAACACUUAUGAGUUUGACGUCCAGGCCAGUGACCUGGGUCCGAACCCGACUCCGGCCAUGUGUAAAAUCGUAGUUCAGGUGCAGGACGUGAACGACAACGCGCCGGAGAUCUCAAUCACCCCGAUGACCUCCAUCACAGCGGGGAUAGCGUACAUCACUGAGGCUGCAGCCAGGGAGAGCUUCGUGGCUCUGGUCAGCACCUCGGACAGAGACUCUGGCGCAAACGGACAGGUGCACUGCACGCUGUACGGACAUGAUCACUUCAGGCUGCAGCAGGCCUACGAGGACAGCUUUAUGAUUGUCAGCACCAGCCCACUGGACCGAGAGAAGAUCCCCGAAUACAACCUGACAGUAGUAGCGGAGGAUCUGGGCUCCCCUCCUUUCAGGACCAUCACCCAGUACACCAUCAGGCUGACGGAUGAGAACGAUAACGCGCCGGUGUUCAGUAAACCAGUGUACGAGGUGGCGGUGGUGGAGAACAACGCGCCUGGAGCCUACAUCACCACGGUGGUGGCGCGGGACAUGGACAUGGGGUCAAACGGGAAGGUCACUUACAAACUAGCGGACACCUAUUUCAUGGGCUCCCCGAUCUCCACCUUCGUGUCUCUGGAUCCGGCCAGCGGCUCGCUUUACGCGCUCAGGAGCUUCAACUAUGAAGUGAUGAAACAGCUGGAGCUCCGGAUCACCGCCAGCGACGGCGGCUCCACGCCCCUGUCCGGCAGCGCCAGCGUCUAUGUCCGGAUCAUCGACCAGAACGACAACGCGCCCAUCAUCAUGCAGCCGCCGCUCAACAACGGCUCCGCUGAGGUCCUCCUGCCCCGUGACGCGCCCACUGGCUACAUCGUGACCCGAGUGGAGGCGCGGGACGCUGACGAGGGUGUGAACUCCGAGCUGUCAUACGGCCUUGCCACCGGGGAGCCCUCCGUGUUCUCCGUCAAUAAAGCCACGGGGGAGAUCUACCUGAACCAGGUGCUGAGCCACGAGGUGGACGAGACCCUGAGCGUGACCGUGACGGUGAGCGACAGCGGACGCCCCGCUCUCACCUCUACCGCCACGCUCCACUUCCUCAUCAUCGCCGGCUCCCCGCCGAGCGACAGGACGGUGUACCAGGCGGGAGGAGGCGGGGAGGAGGCGCGCGCGCAGUGGGACCUGUCUGUGGUGAUCAUCGUCGUGCUCGCGGGAAGCUGCACGCUCCUGCUGCUCGCCAUCAUCCUCAUCGCGACCACCUGCAACCGGCGCCGCCGUGAAAAAAGCGGAGAGGACAGCGACUCCUACGGGGAGAAGGGCACUCUGGAGCGGGGCCGGACGCACGCCGGUGACAACCCGCUGCUCCCCCUCCACGGAGCCGCUGGAGCAGGGGGAGCCGCUGGAGGAGGAGGUGUAGGAGGGGAGGUGUUCGAAGGACACUCCUACAGCAGCCAGCCCGGUGCUUUCACCCCGGCUCACCCGGGGGGCAGCGACAUGUGCUCGGCCUCAGAGGACGGCAGCGAGGUGCCCUGUGUGUAUGACUCAGACAACAACAGCAAGCUCCGUGGGAAUAAACACGAGGGAUACUCCACUCUGCCUGGAUAUGGGAAUGGAAAGGAGGCGGUGAGGCCCAUCACCAUCUGGAAGGGCAACUCUUACACCACCAUCUCAGCCAGAGACCCAGCCUUCAGUGGGAAAGACAGUGGCAAGGGGGACAGUGACUUCAAUGACAGUGACAGUGAUGUCAGCGGAGACACCGGCCUCAAGAAGGAUGGGGGCUUAGUUCCUCCCAUGGGUGUACAAAAUGCUCUGUGGGCGUGCACCAGUGAGUGUAAAGUCCUGGGCCAUUCGGAUCGAUGCUGGAGCCCCACGGCCACCAGAGCCAACGCUGCCCCCUCCCCAGCUCCGACCCUCUCCUCCUUCAGCAGCCUGCCCAAGACGGCUUCCCUGCCUCGAGACCCCAACCGCAGAGACAACUACUACCAGGCCCACAUCCCCAAAACAGUGGGGCUACAGAGCGUCUACGAGAAGGUCCUGCACAGCGAAUACGAUUACGUCCUGGUUACCCCAACCAGACCGGUGAGGGUGCAGGAGAUCAGCGACGUGGCCAUCCCGGUUUACACCCCGAGUCCAACGCACUGUCCCAACAACGAUGUUUAGGACACGGCGACGCACAACCCCACAGACUCUGAGUGCAAUGUACAGACUGAUCAGAUGUUUUUAUUUAUGAUGCUUUGAAGCUGAGAGAGAUGUCUUCUCGUCUUAUUAUGCUAAACAGAGCCGGUCCAAGACUAAACGGGGCCUUGUGCAAAGUUUCAUUUGGGACCCAAAUAACUGUUUGAUGUCAGCCAUAUUGAAAGGCUAAUAAUGCAUCAUACAUGUAACUGAAACAUUACUAUGAAGGCUCAGCUUUUCUUCUGCAUUUUAUAUGAUCACAAGUUUUAUUUUGCACAAUAACUGAAGAUGUGUUAUUCCUUGUUUCUACCCCUGUGGGCUUUGGAACCCAGAGCAGCUGCACAGUUUGCUUAUGCCUUGGGUCGGCUCUGCUGUUAUAUGUUUGUCUUUAAGUGGGGGGGCGGGGACAAAUUUGAGGUCCAGUCAAUCACUUUGGGAUGUUUGUCGGACAUGAAGUGUAUCAUAUGCAUAUCCAUAUGUAUAUGGAGAGAUUUUAUUUUUCUAUGAAAAAAAUCAAUAAUUGAAUUAAAAAAAGUAAAUAUGUGUAAAUACAGAUCUCUAAGCAUGCUUACUAUUUAAAAAGCCCCCAGAACAUGUUAGAGAGCAGGAGAGGAAGAACGUAUGAUGUUGGGAACAGUGUAUAAAAUCAUUUGAAUGCAAUAUUGUGUCAUUGAACAGUUUUUUUUAUAUCACAAUAUUCUGAAAAUAAAUAAACUUUGAGAUACUCUUGUGAA